AUGACGAUCGACACCACAAAUGAGAGCGAUACAUCGCCAGAUCGCUCGCCGGGAUUUCAGACAUCCGCCCGUUCGUUCUCCCUGAAUGCGUCAAAAAUGGUGCCAAUCACUGACGACUACAAGGACGAAGACCUCGUUUUCAUUGAGAAUAACGAACUGGUCGUUGAGAAGCCACGAAUGGACCCGUUGAAAGUGCGUCAACUGAUGGAAACGUGGCGACGAGCGGCUCGGCGAGCCCGUUCGAACUAUGUCGAUCCAUGGGACGAGUUCAACAUCCACGAGUAUCCCGAACAGAAAGCCCGUCGUUAUCGAUAUUCGGCGAUUCGAAAACAGUGGACGGAGGAUAUUGUCGACGUCAGAAUACAUCCGGAUUCAUUUGCUCGCGGAGCAAUGAGGGAGUGUUAUCGAUUGAAGAAGUGCUCAGUGCAUGGGACCACACGAGAUUGGAGCAGUAAUUAUGUGGCAAAACGGUAUAUAUGUCAGGUGGAUCGACGCGUUCUUUUUGAUGAUGUUCGACUUCAGAUGGACGCCAAACUGUGGGCCGAGGAAUUCAAUCGAUACAAUCCGCCGAAAAAGAUUGACAUCGUUCAAAUGUGUGUAAUCGAACUAAUCGAUGUGAUUGGAUCACCAUUAUAUCAUUUGGAGCAUUUCAUCGAGGGAAAAUAUAUUAAAUAUAACUCGAAUUCUGGAUUCGUCUCAAAUGCAGCGAGAUUGACACCACAAGCGUUCUCACAUUUCACUUUUGAACGGUCCGGACAUCAAAUGAUGGUUGUUGAUAUUCAGGGUGUCGGUGACCUGUACACUGAUCCCCAAAUACAUACAGUAGUCGGAACGGAUUACGGUGAUGGAAAUCUGGGCACCCGGGGAAUGGCCCUUUUCUUUCACUCGCAUAGAUGUAACGAUAUUUGUGAAACAAUGGAUUUAUCGAAUUUCGAACUAUCACCACCGGAAAUCGAAGCGACGGAGCAUGCGAUUGCUCAGGCUGCUCGGCAGAAGAAGUCGUGUGUCGCGGCACCUACAGUAUUCGAAGCACGCAGAAAUCGAGUGUCUUCUGAGUGUGUUCAUGUCGUUGAGCACGGAAUUUCAAUGGAUCAGCUGAGAAAGAGGAAGACGCUGGGAUAUAGUUCCACUGAUUUGUCUAUUAAGGUGCACAACGAGGACUGCGUGUGUCCGGAAUGCAUUCCAGUCGUUGAGCAACUCUGUGAACCAUGCUCCGACGAUGAUUCAGAAGACGAUGACGAAGAAGAAGAAGACUAUCCGAGAUCCGAGAAAUCUGGAAAUUCGGGAAAAAGUGGGAAAUCCAGAAUGUCCAUCUCCACUAGAUCCUCUUGCGACGACGAACAACGACCCAGAAAGUGUGGAUUCGUCGAUCUGGCAUCGUUGAGACAGCGUCACGAUAGUUUCCGAUCCUCCGUUGGGACGUAUUCAAUGAAUUCAUCCCGACAAACGCGGGAGACGGAGAAGGACGAAUUCUGGAAGGUUCUACGGAAGCAAUCAGUGCCAGCGAACAUCUUAUCACUUCAAUUACAACAGCUGGCAAGGGAGAAUGCAGAAGCGAACGAUGAGGAUCCGAUGCCUCAGGUGACAGGCCAUCAGUUCUCGGUCCUCGGACAGAUACACAUCGAUUUGGCACGUUAUCACGAGCUAGGGAGAUUCAUUGAACUGGAUUCGGAGCAAAAAGAGAUGCUCGAUGGAUCGGAAAAUGACUCCAGACUCCCGAUUAAAUAUGAUAAGCAAUCAGCGAUUUUCCAUUUGGAUAUCGCUAGAAAAUGUGGGAUCCUGGAAGCAGUUCUGACGUCGGCACACAUUGUCUUAGGACUACCGCAUGAGUUGUUGAAGGAGGUUACUGUAGAUGACCUAUUUCCGGAGGGGCUUGGCGAGCAGGAGAAUGGGAUUCGAGACCUCGAAGAAUUCGGUUCGGACCUAAUGGAAAUCGCUGCUGAAAUGGGUGACAAAGGAGCAAUGCUGUACAUGGCACAUGCCUAUGAGACUGGACAGAGACUGGGACCGAAUCGUAGUACGGAUUAUAAGAAAUCCAUUGAUUGGUACCAGCGUGUCGUCGGCUUCCAGGACGACGAACAACCCGAACAAGACUCCACAAAUUCUGGAAAGUCUGCGUUCUCCUCGUUCUCUCCACUCUCUCGUCACGAGAUUCUGGCUAAAAUGGCUGAAAUGUACAAAGAAGGAGGAUACGGGCUGAAUCGAGACUUCGAACGAGCCUAUUGCCUCUUCAACGAGGCUGCCGAGGCGGCGAUGGAGGCGAUGAAUGGGAAAUUGGCCAAUAAAUAUUAUGAGAAGGCCGAAAUGUGUGGGGAAUAA